AUGUAUACGACCGGGGAGAUACCGGAGGACACCUUUGUCCCGGUGGCCCAGUCUCGAUCUGGAGAGCUCCAGAUCCACAACGUCACCAUGGGGUGCACGUACAAAACGGGCAUCUCAUAUGAUGUUCAGGACCAUGGAACGACCGCCCCAACUCCGUCCGGGUCCCCCUCCACAUCACCUAUGGAGGGGGCCGAGAAGGAGACUCCCCCUGGAACAACAGUGGCUGGGGCUGGGGAGCCCCCCCAGCCAAUGGGUGGGGUCCCUCCGACUCGACCCUUGCCAGGGGACCCUCUACCACGGGUUCCGCCGAGGACGGCCCCUUUACGCCGCCACGAGACCACUCUCCCCCCAUCGUCCCCACCCCCGACUCGCCCGUCUUCACCCCACCCCCCUCCCAAGACCCCGGAUCACAGGAAGACUGAUCCGGCUCCCACCCCUCGUGCCCCUCGUAAACCUCAGGCGGUAUACCGGCGUUACGCUCCAUAUCCGUCGGCUGAAGAGUCUCGACCCGUUGUCCUGAUGGCCAAGUAUGACAGGAUUGGGUGGAAGAUGACCGCCAGGGUUACAGAGGAGGAUCUGGAGGCGUUUUUAAAGUGGUGGAAUGCUCGUGCCGUUGCUGCAGACAAUGCAGCAAAUAAUUAA